CUUGACCUCAUAUACUUAAUUGUGAAGAAAAAUCAAGGAUAUGUUGGUCAAAAGUGUACGCAGGACAUUUUUCCGACGUUACGUGUAUAGGUACUGUAUUAGCGAAUCAGCCAACCUUUAAAUUGGAGAUUAUAGAAUUGUGAGCAAAAAAGUGAAGCCGAGUAUUCAGCCUGUUUUCUCGCGUUCUCCCACGAUUGAUGGCAAUUGAACGAAGCUCUAAGGCGAAUCACGGAUAGGCGAGGUGGGGGAAUAUUACUCUUGAACGGUCGCAAGACUGGACGUAUACUUAUUGUUAGUUGACAGUCUUCCGCAUCACAGGCAAGUUUAUUCUAUUCCGCAGAGAUUCGGAGAUUUUGAAUAUCGCAAUCGACGCCGAUAAGGGGCGGUCUAAUCGGAAGUUAUCUACUGCUAUUCAAAUCGAGUCGCAUAUCGGUCAAAUUUGGAAGUGAUACCUAUUUGAUUGAAAGGCAAUGGAAGUUACACGGAGAAUAAUGACAAAACGAGUGUUGACAGAUCGCGGUUAAGCAUGUGAUUUUGUUUAUAAAAACGUUGUACUAGUGGUCAAAGGACAUCGAUAGUCGAGUUCUAUUUCAAGGGUAUUAAUUUGAUUUUUCAAUCAAAAAUACAACCAACUCACACAUGCGAAGGUUCUUCGGUAUAUUCAAAGGGACCUGACUGACUCAUUACCUCGAGUACGAUGAGAUACAAAGUGAACGACCCGGAGAAUCAUGCUGGGCAAACUGAACUCACCAGACAAGCAUCCAACGCAUCGUGGCAAUACAAUAGGAAUGCAGAUACGAUGAAAUCGAGGUCAAAAGAAGCGAUACUGAUUCUAGUCGCGGGGCUGUUGACUGUGGCCGUUAUCGCACUCGUAGCUACGCUAAUCCUGCAAAUGGCCGUAUUCAACAAAGAGGAAUAUAAAGAGAUGUGCCAGAGCGAGGAAUGCGUCAAAACAGCUGCACGGGUUAUAGAGUCGAUGGACAGAUCCUUUGAGCCUUGUGAUGACUUCUACAGAUUCGCCUGCGGUGGUUGGACUAAAAACAAUCCCAUACCGCAGAGUCAAACUUCGUGGGAUCAACUGAGUUUAUUGAGAGAAGAGCUCAUGAGAAACCUCAGAGUUUUGCUUGAGGAAGAUAACUCUCCAAAUGACCUGAGGCCGGUAAAAUUAGCCCGGGCACUCUACAGAACUUGCAUGGACACAGAAAGCGUUGAAGAACUGGGCCUCGAACCAAUAUUUGACGUUCUAUCUCGAUUGGGCUUACCCAGAGAACCACCCCUGGGAAAUGACAUCGAACCUCUGAAUUUAGCCAAUUUAUCCGGAGUUGUCCAGAGAGUACUGGGGCUCAAUCUCUUUGUAAAUUUCUACAUAAACGAGGAUGUCAGAGACACGACAAGAAACCGAAUGACGAUGGAACAGGUUUCCCCUGGCUUUAGCGAAAGAUAUCUUUUGGAGCCUUCACGUUUCCAAUCGGAGUUGAAGGAAUAUAGAAAGUAUGUAACAUCGAUGAUGGAGUUGGCUGGCGCUGGCAACAAGAGUGCUGCAUUUGCUAACGAACUGAUAGGAUUCAGUACUGAAAUUGCGAAGAUUGUGACAACACCAGAACAAAGGAGAAGCGUAAAUCACUUAUUUCACGAUAUUACUGUCACCGAACUGCAGCGUCUGACGGAUCUGUAUGCUCAGCAGUGGAAUUGGACAACGUACUUGGGUGCUGUUUUCAAUAAUACAAAUGUUACAAUAAACAAUGACGUGGACCGGAUCAUUGUCAUGGAUUUGGAGUACCUUCGAAAGCUGCCAGGCUUAUUGGCAAAUAUACCCCCAGCAACUUUAGCAAGGUACGCAUGGUGGGGUGUGUAUUCAACAGUUGCGCCACUGACGCUACAAAAAUUCCGUGAUCUUGGAUUCGAAUUUUCUCAAAAACUGUUUGGACUGAAGGAGAAGACUGCAAGAUGGAAAGGGUGUACUGGAAACGUGAAUUCUAAUUUUGGAAUGGCCCUCAGUUACUUAUAUAUACAACGACAUUUCAACGAACACUCCAGAGAGAAGGCAUUAGAAAUGCUCUCGGACAUUAAAGACGCAUUCGAUGAAAUGGUCGCGGAGCUGGACUGGAUGGAUGCAGGUACAAGAGCCACAGCCCACAAGAAAUUAGCAGCUAUAAGACCAUUUGUCGGCUUCCCGGAAUGGAUAACCAAUCCAGACCGUCUGAAUGAAUUUUAUAAUGGCGCUGAAGUGGUGGACAAGAGGCUUUUUGAGACGUUCUUGAAACUGACCAAUAUUGGCGUACGGAAGAGUUUGAAUAGUUUGAGAAAGGAGCCUGAUAAAAAUAGGUGGAUUUCAACCGGAACCACCGUGAACGCAUUUUAUAGCGCUAUCUUAAAUUCCGUCACAUUUCCUGCUGGCAUUUUGCAUCCACCAUUCUAUGGUAACGGAAUAGAAUCAAUUAAUUAUGGAGCGAUGGGAGCCAUAAUGGGUCACGAAUUGACGCACGGCUUUGACGACCAAGGUCGCAGAUACGACGAAAAUGGAAAUCUGAGGCAAUGGUGGAGUAAUGAAACACUAAUCCACUACCACCAGAAGGUAGAAUGCAUAAUAAAACAAUACAGCAACUACCAUGUACCGGAAUUGGGCGAUCAUUAUACGGUUAACGGAUUGAAUACCCAAGGAGAGAAUAUAGCAGACAACGGCGGAAUAAGAGAAGCUUAUCGUGCUUAUAAACGUUUAACCAUGCGGAACCCGAGUCGUCAGCAAGCCCUGCCAGGAUUGACGGAGUACACCCAGGACCAAUUAUUCUUCCUGGGCUUCGCACAGGUUUGGUGUGGCAAUUAUACGACCGGCGCUCUGAAAUCAAAGCUGAUAGAAGGCGUCCAUGCGCCUAACCACUUCCGUGUCAUAGGCACACUUUCGAACAAUGCAGAAUUCGCAAGAGCAUGGCAUUGUCCGACUGAAAGUCCGAUGAAUCCACAUCAUAAGUGCAUAUUAUGGUAGCUUGCAGGUGAAGAAAUAUCCUAACAAAAUCAGCUCCGCAAGAACACUGAACAAUCAGGAUAUUAUACGAUAAAACCUAUUUCAGAGUUCAAUUUUCUUUCGCUUUUGUUUGUGAGAAGUUUUAUAAUACACCUAGACGAAUCUAAUUUAGUGGUUCCAAGUGAAUGCAAAAUGUCGUUUCUAAUGGUGCACAGCGUUAUUGUGACUGAUAUGAUCUUGUUUUUUUCAUUUUCAAUAUAAAUUCGAGAAGCAGAAAUGAAUGUUUCUGAAAAAUUAUAUAUUUGGGUAAUUCUGUAAAAGUCGAGGACACUUCCCGGCCUCAUGGUUUUUAAUUCGUCCGCGAGGGGCUGUUCACCGAUAGUGAGUAAUUUCUCUGUGAGAUUUGCAUAAGAAGAUAAAGACUGCUGAGAGACGACGCCGCGACGCCAACGACGUCGAAGGUUGCCAAAGCUUUCAGUAGCGAUCGUGUCGUCUUGGAUACUUAUAUGGAGCCUUAUAGCUAGGGAGCUCGGUGCCAAAAUUUCUAUAUGAUUUGUUCGUCUGGCAAACAUUAUUAAUAUCAAAUUUUGUACCAUAAGAAACAUUAAGGACCGGGUCUGCCACCAUGACAGGCCUGCGUUGUCAAUUGACAGCGCUUAAAAAAUUAAAAAAAAAAGGUAUGCUAAAUCAUUUGUUCGUGUCUGCCUCUUGGACUGAUGGUUAGAAUCAUCCUCAAACCGAUCAAAAUCCAGAGGUAGACAUCCAGACCCCUGAUUUUCCAAAUGCAGACCGUUUGAAUAUAAAUUUUUUUUAACUCUACGCUCGCGCCAAGCCGCAAGUAAAAAAUUCUGCGCCUACAAAAUGUUAAUAAAAAUAAUUAAUGUUACAUACAAGCAACCGACAGGAACAAUUUUAAAAACAUAUUUCAAAUAUUCGGGUUCUAAAUCUGUUACCUGCCGUCCCGCAGGUAUAAAAUGAACUGUAUAGUUUGUCUUUCUUUCUUAGAGAGAAGAAAGUGAGAUCGUUAUAACUCCGUAGAGAGUUGGGGCAUACCUAUACAUAGAUAUAUGUGUAGGUAUAUACCUAUACAUAUAUAAUAAAUUGUUAAAUAAUUAUUUGUUUAAACAAUUUGGUUAAUAACUUUUGGGCAAUAUUAUUAUUGAUGAUUGUUGUUCAUAGCAUGCCGAAUGUUGUUGAUUUUUGUCAGAUUUUUAUUAAGUAACAAAGUACGAAAAGUCUGAUCGUAUGUAUACAAUUUUUGGCUGGGACGAUCCGCGACAUACAUCCUUAAAUUUAUUUGCGUCUUCUGAUGUUGUAAUAAACUGGUUUUUUUUCUUUUUUUUUAUUGGAUCCAAUAAAAAAGACUGAACAAUAUGAUAAUACUAAAACUAUUAAUACCAACAAUAAAUAGCCGUAAUACCCACUUUCCCUUGAUUCUGCGCGAACUUCAAAAAAUGGUACACCUCAAAAUCAGUGACCAAAAUGUCUGCCAACUUUUUUUUGUAUUUGGGUAGCCCUAUUGAAUCGAAUGGACGCAACUAGAACGACGAACAAAUGAUUUAGUAGAGUUUUUUUUAAAUUUUUACAACUACGUCCCGUGAUAAUGCAGGGCCCUGUAUGUCUGUCUCUGGAUUUUCAACAUUUUGAGGACGAUUCUGACCAUCAGUCCAAGAGGCAGACACGAACACAUGAUUUAGUACCCUUUUUUUUACAUUUGUGAAGCGCUGUAACUCAAAAACGCAGGGACGUAGGACCUUAAUUAACUGGACCAAAUCGAUUUGUAUUGAUCUGAACUUUCAUCCUUAUCGAUAUGAAAGACGAACAAAUCAUUUACCAAAAUGGCAGUCAGCUCCCUAACUAUCAAUGAAUAGCCCCUCGUUCAUUCGUAAAUUUGGGAAUAGGUAUUUUUUAUAAAGAAGGAUUUAUUUGCAGCUUUUUUAGAAUCUUAAAGGUAACCGAAAACAAACGGUUACCUACAAUUACAGAGUUCAUCUGACGAACAAAACCACAAACUGACAGACCGAAAUUCCACAAACCCUAUUUUUCGAUUUUUGGGAGUAAAAAAACGUACAUCAAUGUUAAAGUAAGCAGAAAUCUUUUAUUGCCCAAAGCCCAUACUUUUUUUUUUACUUAAAUGUUGGAAUGUAAAA